AUGAAGCCGGGCGGUACCAUCAACUCACUGAGCAUCGCGCUACUGAACGGUUUGUCGACGGCAAUGGCACAAAACCUGUCAUACGGAGCCGAUAAUUGGUAUACCAGUAACCAGGUGACAGUUCAGCCAAUUACCUUCCUUGAUCAGUUCCAGUCACCCAUUGCUGGCAAUAUUUUCAUUCCCAACAGUGUUGACCGAUAUGGCAACGGUACCGGCAGUACCAAUAGCACCACGAGUGCGCCUGCUCUCGUCGUUGGGCAUCCUAUGGGCGCGGUGAAGGAACAGAGUGCCAACCUCUAUGCCACCAAGAUGGCUGAGCAAGGUUUCGUAGCCAUCUCGCUGGAUAUGCCCUUCUGGGGUUCGAGCGGAGGACGACCUAUGAAUACUGUCGCUCCAGAGUCGUACGCUGAAGCAAUCAGCGCGGCUGUCGACUUCCUAGGAACACAGGAGUUUGUCGAUCGACAGAGAAUAGGUGCAAUCGGUAUCUGUGGAAGUGGUUCUUUCGUGAUCAGCGCGGCUAAAAUCGAUUCCCGCAUCAGAGCGGUGGCUACAUCUAGCAUGUACGACAUGGGAGCGGUCACUCGCAAUGGUAUACAGCGUGCUUUGUCCCUCUCGGAGCGUCACGAUAUGGUCGACACUGCUUCACAACAGCGCUGGGCUGAGGUUGACGGUGCCAAUAUUGCUAUCACCGGUGGUACUCCCGACGUCCUGACCCCAGAGACUGAUGCCAUUGGACGCGAGUUCUAUGACUACUAUCGAACUUCUCGUGGAGAGUUCACUCCUCCAACAACCACGCCAAACAUGACUACCCACCCAACUGUCGCAAGCCAGCCCAAGUUCCUUAACUUCUAUCCCUUCAACGACAUUGACACCAUUGCACCGCGUCCUAUACUUUUCAUCUCGGGUGAUCAGGCACAUUCACGCGAGUUCUCCGAGGACGCGUAUUCUCGCGCUGCUUGGCCAAAGGAGCUAUUCUAG